GGAGAAGAAGGUUGGACUGUUGAAGAAUUAAAACAGCAUAUAGGAGGAUUAUUUAAUAUCAAAUCAUCAUGUAUGAGAAUAGUAAUGGAGGAGGAGGAUUACAGGAGGUAUGAUACUUCAGUCAGGGAUAUUAGUGAUGUAGGAGGCACUCUAAGAGACAUACUCAUCAUUGGUCGAUACAAACAAUUUUAUGUAUCAUCAGAUCCCAAAGAUUAUCAAAAAGAAUUCAAAGAUAGUUUGAUGUACAAAUAUGUUGAUUUUCACGUCAACUCCAUAUUACUGAAGAUUACAUUACCUCCAGCUCCUGUACCUGAAGCCACACCCACUACAACUAACGUUACUGAAGGAGGAAUAAUAAUGAAAAUUAUAUCAAUGAAUGAAAAAAAUAAAGGAAAAGAAAGAAAGAUACAGGUACAAGUUGAUAAGAGAAUAACAUUAGCUCAAUUGAAGGAGGAGCUGGUUCCACUGAUUGGGGUACCACCUACUGGUUUUAGAGUGUAUAGAAUCAGUGGUAAUAAAGAAAUUGAAAUGGAGGGACUGGAUAAGACAUUAAAGGAUAUUGACUCUGAAUCAGAGUUGAUAGUAAGACUGGGUAGAGGAUUAGGAAGAGGAGAGAAAAGAAUUAAAUUAUAUUUAUUACAAGUUAAUAAUACAGAGUUUUGUAAUUUUAUGAUGGAGUCUAUUGUUGCUGAGGGUACACCACUGUCAGAGUUAAGUGGAGUUCCUGCUAAGUAUAUCUAUUUUACAAGGAAGCAAUCAUUUCCAGUUGAGAUAUCAUGUCUAGAUAUUGAGAAUAAGUUGAAAUGGUAUUCCAUCAGUUCAGACAGAUACUUAUUAGGACUAUAUGAUGGUGAUGGAGAUGUCAUAUAUUACAAGUACUAA